GCCUCCGGGCGCGGCUGAGCGCAGAGGGAGGCGGGUGUGGCGCAGCUCGGGGCCGGCCGGGCACCGCGCUGAGCAGGAGGGCGGCGCGCGCUUCCCCGGCCCUCGCCCUCCAUCCCGGAGCCCUCGGGAGCCCGCACAGCAUGGCGGCCCCCGGAGCGCGGGGCGCGAGCCUGUCGGGCCUGCUGCCCGCGCAGACCUCGCUGGAGUACGCCCUGCUGGACGCCGUCACCCAGCAGGAGAAGGAUGAGCUGGUCUACCAGUAUCUGCAGAAGGUGGACGGCCGGGAGCAGGACCUAGCGGUGCCCGACUUUCCGGAAGGGCUGGAAUGGCUGAACACAGAGGAGCCCCUUUCUAUUUACAAGGAUCUAUGUGGGAAAGUGGUUGUCCUUGAUUUCUUCACGUACUGCUGCAUUAACUGUAUUCACCUGUUGCCUGAUCUCCAUGCCCUUGAGCACAAAUUCUCUGAUAAAGACGGUCUCCUGAUUGUCGGUGUUCACUCAGCCAAGUUCCCAAAUGAGAAGGUCCUGGACAAUAUCAAGAGUGCUGUCCUUCGAUACAACAUAACCCACCCUGUGGUUAACGACACAGAUGCCAGCCUUUGGCAGGAGCUUGAGGUCUCCUGCUGGCCAACACUGGUCAUCUUGGGACCGCGUGGAAACAUGCUAUUUUCUUUGAUUGGAGAGGGACACAGAGAUAAGCUAUUUUCAUAUACUUCUAUUGCUUUGAAGUACUACAAAGACAGGGGACAGAUCAGAGAUGGAAAAAUUGGAAUAAAGCUCUUCAAAGAGUCUCUGCCGCCUUCACCGUUGCUGUUCCCAGGGAAAGUAGCAGCAGACCGCACAACUGGUAGAUUGGUGGUGUCAGAUACUGGGCACCACAGGGUCCUGGUCAUUCAGAAGAACGGGCAGAUCCAGCACAGCAUUGGAGGCCCUAAUCCUGGAAGGAAAGAUGGAAUGUUCUCAGAGUCGUCUUUUAAUUCUCCACAGGGUGUGGCUAUAGUGGACAACAUCAUCUUUGUGGCUGACACGGAAAACCACCUCAUAAGAAAGAUUGACCUAGACGCUGAGGAGGUGAGCACUGUCGCUGGUGUCGGCAUUCAAGGGACAGAUACAGAAGGGGGAGGGGAAGGGCAGAAGCAGCCUAUCAGCUCCCCUUGGGACGUCGUGCUCGGAACCUCAGGUUCAGAGGUCCAAAACAAUGACAUCUUGUGGAUAGCCAUGGCAGGGACUCAUCAGAUAUGGGCGCUCCUCCUGGACACCGGUACGCUGCCAAAGAAAAGCGAGCUACAGAAAGGAACCUGCCUUCGUUUUGCUGGAAGUGGAAAUGAAGAGAACCGGAACAAUGCAUAUCCUCACAAGGCGGGUUUUGCCCAGCCUUCAGGUCUCUCUCUAGCCUCAGAAGAUCCCUGGAGCUGCCUCUUUGUGGCAGAUAGUGAGAGCAGCACAGUGAGAACCAUCUCACUCAAAGAUGGAGCUGUGAAGCACCUUGUAGGAGGAGAACGAGAUCCCAUGAAUCUGUUUGCUUUUGGUGAUGUUGAUGGAGUAGGCAUCAGUGCGAAGCUCCAGCAUCCACUUGGGGUUGCCUGGGAUGAGAAGAGAAGCAUGCUCUAUGUGGCCGACUCUUACAACCACAAGAUUAAAGUUGUGGAUCCAAAAACAAAAAGCUGCACAACGUUAGCAGGGACCGGAGAUGCAAGUGAUGCCACUUCCAGCUUCGCGGAGUCAGCCUUUAAUGAGCCCGGGGGCUUGUGUGUCGGCGAGCGUGGGCGGCUGUUAUAUGUAGCAGACACGAACAAUCACCAAAUUAAGGUGAUGGAUUUAGAAGCAAGAACAGUUUCUGUGCUUCCAAUUUUCAAGUCUGGCAGUGCGGUGGUAGAUGGCCCCUUCCCUAAAGAGAAACAGAGAGUGCCCAAAGUGCCGAAGUCUGCCCCCCACAUUAGCCUCCCCGCUGUGACCGUGCAUCCUGGCCAGACCCUGCAGCUCAAGCUCAAGCUGGACCUUCCAUCAGGGGCAAAGCUGAGCGAAGAUGUACCCAGCUGCUGGUUUGUAGCAGCUGAAGGCAAUGAGUGGCUUCUUCAAGACCAGAACCCAUCUGGAGACAUAGAGAAUCUUUCCCAUCAGCCAACAAUUUCCUUGCAGAUUCCUGCCGAUUGCGUGUCACUCGAAGCUGUGGUGUCUGUCGGAGUGUUUUUGUAUUACUGCAGUGCAGACAGCAGUGCCUGUAUGAUGAAGGCUAUCUUAUUCAGGCAGCCUCUGCAGAUAAGCAGUGCCCAGCCAGGCUCUGCAGCUUCUGUGGAGCUCACACACGUAUUCUAGAAGCCGGCCAGCAGCCCUGUCCAUCCUGCCAUCGUCUAGGGAAAAAGCAUAGAAACCAUUGCUCAGUUGUAACAACUGAUACCAAAAUAAAAUUGUGCUCCUUAUUAACAUUCCAUUCUAAAUAAAUGUCUUCAUUUUAGCUGUGUGCUAGCCAAGUCCUCAACUGUCAUUUAAACCACAGUGCUGUGAGCUGUACUGCUAUUUGGCAUAAGGCUGCAGUCCCUGCAGUACUACAGAAUAUACUCAUAAUGCCAGCUACUUAAAUAGCCUCUUCAGUGUUUCUCAGCAGCAGCCUAUCUCAUGUGUAAGUGUCACAGUAACUUCAGGCAGGCCUGAGCUGUACACCUGGCGCUGAGGUCUGGUCAGAGCCAGGGCAGAAGGUAUUCAUUCAGGGGAAGCUUAGAGUACACAAGUAGGUACUGACCAUCUCCUCUGUGGUUUUUAUCACUUGAGAUAUUUUUAAAAGAGAGUUUUAAUCUAUUUUUAUUAAAAAUUAUUUGUUUUAACAUUCUGUUAUUAAUGCCUUAUAACUUUAUAUGAAAAUAAAAAGAAAUAGAGAAUUUCUAAGGGCGUGCAGACCUACUCUUAACUGUUUUUAAUGAACAUAAUUCAUAGCAGGCCAUGCCUUGAUCCCCAGAGCCAUAUUGGCCCCUGGGGCGGGUGUCAGGCUGUGUUGCUGCGUGUAUGUGUGUCUCUGUGUGUGUGUGUGUGUGUAGUAAUGGUUGAGCUUGAUAAAAAUGAGCAUUAUGUUGUUUUGGAAAUUUACAUUGCACUUUUAAGAGUUAAAUACGGAUUUGUUGGGUCUGGGAUUUUAUUGUUUUAUUUUUACUAUUAUAAAUAGUUCCCUAUUUAGAACUUAAAUUGUCAUUAAUUCUGGUAUUUUUAAAAAAUCAUAUGUAAGCCUUCAAAUUGCUGUUUUCAAUGUAAAAUGUUUUAAUGUGAUUGGCAGGUAAAGUUAUUUUAAAAUACUCCAUUUAGAAUGUGAGGCUGAACCACAGCGGUUUACUCACACUGCUCUGGUAUUUGUUUUCUUGAACCCCGUAAGAAAGAGCAUUGAAAGGGAUAUUGGGAGGCCUGGUUUUCAUUGUGACUCUAGUUAUCAUAGCUUCUCGUCAUAACUGUGUAAAAGCCUGUCUUUCAGGGACUAAAAUUUGUUUCUGAGUCUGAAACUGACUUGACAUUUACUCAGAUUACAAGAUUUCAGAAGCAUCGGCUGAGCUCCACCUAUAAAUUAACUGAGUGUCUGUAAGAGUCUAGCAUAGCCUGCCUCCCCUCCUGCAAAAGUCCUAGAUGGAAGUGUAAUCAUUCAAGUAUCACUCUACUUAUUUAUUGGUUGAUUUAUGAAGUAGUUUUUGAUAGGAAAUAUUUGCUUGUUUUAUUAUUGAGUUAGCUAAAAAGAAAUCUCUAACAUGAGAAUGUAUAGAUCAUGACUUUAAUUAGUAACUUUCAAAAGCUUUAAGAGAAAUGGAAAUGUAAACAGAAAGGGAUCGUGUUUAGAGUUACACAUAGUUAUCCCAGAAACCUUUGCUUCCCGGAGCAGCCAAAGCGAAGGCUCUGUGACUCCAGUCUGGCUGAUGUUCUGUGGGGAAGGUACCUUCCAGGCAUUGCAGCCACAUUUGAUUUGCUCUAUUCCUCAUUUCCAGUUGCACAGGAUGAGACUAUUUCAGCUCAGCCAUUCCUUGUUUGAGGACAUAAACAGUAUCACUCUCUGCAGCAGUUUAACUAGUGUAGAAAUAAUGGUAACUUAGUUUUCACACUAAAAGCACAAGUAUGUAUUCAGUAGUUUUAUGUACCUUAAAAAUCACAUAAGUACUCUUUGGGACCCCUUUGCUUCCCGUUUGUUUGGGUAGAAUCUUCAUUGGUCUUCGGUGACUCAGUAGAUCUUCACAGUCUGACUGCUCACUCCCCUGCCUGUCAUGCUGCUGUUAGACUAGAGUGUCAUUGCUAAUGGAUUAGUGUGGAUUGAGAAUACGCACACUGAGUAGUGUGCAUUGCUUCCUAGAUUCAUGAGUGACAGAAGUGUCUGACAAAAGGACACCCUGGAAAGUUUAGUUUAGAAACAUCUGGAUCUGCAGCUGCCUUCUGUUUCCGCUAAGAGCUUGUUAAUUGCUUUAUGGCCUGUCCACUUCGGGGCUUAUACCAAGAAGAUAAGUUAUUUUGGUCUAUGUUUUACAAUGUUGGAAAUUUGGGGAGCAUAAAGAACAUGUGUAACUGUGAUGUUUCCACACACGCAGAGUUGACUGUUUUGUCAAUCAGUUGUGACGCAUCAGCUGAGCUGUUGCCUCUGGCAUGAUGUUACAGACCAGUCACCAAAGAUGACUCGGUUGGAGGAUGUGUCUUUGCUAUGCGCAGAGGCUCUAGGUUCGGUCCUCAGCCAAAAACAAAGUCAUCAAAAGCUCAGUUUUGUCGUGCACAUGGCAGGAGAACACAUGUAGGGGCUGUGUCGCUGAUCCAUGCCUAGAGCAGACUCCUGCUGUUUCUACUUCUCUGUGUCUUUCAGCAAUCAGCACUUUAGGAAGAAAUCUAACGUUGUUAAAGCUAAGCUAAUCUGAAUUGUCAGCACUAGUGUAGUAGCUUUUCUAAAGCUACUUCCGUCACCAAAGAUGGGGACAUGUUUUAGAGGACAUUUGCCCACUUCCUUUAAAGUGUGAGCUGAUAGGGACAGGGAUGGUUGUGCUUCUGUUGUGUAGCACAGUGGAGUGGCGUGAGUGUGCACUGUGUGGCUGGCCUAAGCCUGUAAAGCAGGGCUGCUGGGCUGCCUCCUGGGCUUGCUGCCAGGAUUCAGUGACACGUACAUGCGGCGUUUAGCACGGAGUAAUUUAUGAACUGCUACUUAUCAGUUUAGUUACUAAUAGUGACAAUAAUUUAUGGCCACAGACACAUGCUUGACAUUUUCUUCACAACUCCAGUUUCUACAGCAAAAUAUUUCUCCACCAUUUGACAUGUUAGUAGUUCCAACAGAACCUGGGCUCAAGAGUUCUUUAUGGUGGAGCGUAUUAGUGUCUCAUAGACAAUAUUGUUUAUGAAGAAGCAUCUCUGUACUGUAUUGAAGCAUUUAAAAUGACCUCCUGGAGCUGGAACCGUAGCUGAACACCACACGCGCUCUUGGGACUUGCACAGAGUUCCCCAGUUGUAGCCUGAGCACCCCGGGCUGUGCUCCUCUCACCUGGAUCCUGUUCUCCAGGACCUUCAGAGUGCUUUCACGUGUGUUGCCUGGAGUGGGCUUCGGAACAGUGUUGUAGACUAGGUAGCUGUGUGUGUGCCAGAGAAGAAAGCUGCUUUGGCAUGUUGUAGCUGUCGGAGGUCAGGAAGCUCCUAGGCUAGUGCCCGGUGCCUAGGCAGGACCUAGUGCACAGGACGCUGGGUCUCCUCUACUGACUCAGCCGUGGCUAGGGAGCAGUAUGCUAGACUGAGGCUCUCCUGCAAGAGGCGGAUGGGGAGUCACUGAAGGAGGGGCGUGUCUGUGGCUCCCCCUCGGGCUUCCAGACGGCAGAAGGGUGCUCACCACCUGCCGGUACUUUCCCACAUGCUUGGUGUGUGGGGAGCACACCUAACCCUCCCAGCAGCCUUCCUUCUUGAAGCCAGGGCUUAGGCACUUACCCCAGCAGUCAAGGCCAUGCCCUAAGACAGUGCCAGCCUGCACAGCUGUCUGCUCCACUGCCUUCGGAUUGUCUGUCAGACUUGCGUAGUUUGGCACCUUUAUGUAGUAACUUAUCAAUCCAGAGAAUUCCAGGCGCCCUAGGAAUGAUUGUUUUUGAAAUGCAAAUAAAGCCAUUUAACUUACUCAACAUUUCAUAGAUUCUUAUCACCUGGGCCUUGGAAUGGUAUAUAGUUUCCCCAGAAGAUUGUCUGUGCCCAUAAUUUCAGCCAUUAGCCACAGUUUUUCUUGGCUGCUGUAUGUACUGAAAUCCUGGUUAGUUCCAGUGGGACUGUCCCGGUGGCCUUGUCGUAAAGAGCAGGGCAGGUACAGACCUUGAGAAGUCCACUCAUAUUUGAGACACUGUUUUGUGAGCAGUGAGGUGUAGAAUGAAAAGUCUUCUGCCUGUCUGCAGCCUUGGUGGUUUGCUGUGCAGGCUCCUCUAAAGCCUCAGAAGUCGAUGUGAGGUCAGCUUGGCAUUGUGCAGCAAAGUGUGUUCCAGUGGUGGUGCACAGUAAAGGCCAGCCCAGUGCAGAGGGGCUGUCCGUUGACAAGGAGCUUGGUAGUGAGGUCCUGCUGUGUGGUGCAAUGGGGAACGCACACUCUGCCUGUGUCAGAAAUGCCGUUCCUGGCAUCCAUGCGAAACCUGUCAGAUCUUACCAAAGCAGUCGACCUUAGGCCUCAGUGCUAACCAGCAUGCUGCUUUUCUACCUGUGCCGCAGAGCGCACCUGAAGAUUUCGCACUGCCCGAGUCUCUGUUUCACCCUGGCCUAAUCAUGUUGGCUUUUCUCCCCUUUCUUUGUAAUAGGCUAAUGGAAAGAAUGGUCACAAAAGUUAGAGGCUUGUUAAGAGGACCAUGUGGCAUUCUAAUAAGCCUUGUCUCCUGCAUGUGCUGACUGUGUAGACUGGUGCCUCUUCUCUUGGGUGGCCACUGUGAGCUCACAGGCUGGGAGGAAUAGGACUCAGCCCUGCCUGCAGGCUUUGCUGGGAUAGCCUUUGCCUUAGUGUGCUACUUUGGUUUAAUCAUUGCCAGGGGUUAUAGUGCAAGAGCUAAACCCUCAGAUACUGUGGAGUAUGUGCCUAGGCGUAGUUACUCAUUGCUUGGUGUGUCCUUUCCUCCCUUGCAUGUCACUCCAAUGUGCCUUUGGACAUCCUGCUAUUGGCAGCCUCCAGACCCAAAGGAAAGUAGUGCAAGCACUUUCCAAUACACUUCUUCCUGGGUCCACAUGAGCCUUAGGCUAGAAAUGAACACUAAACCCAAAGCUCUCCAUCAGAAGUAUUCUGUGGCUGUCCUGGCUAAGAAGUGGACCUGGGCAAAAGAGCUUCUUUUAAUACUAACUCUGAAACUGUAACUCUUAGGGCACUUGGUCUCAGCUUUGCACUUGAAAUAAAACUAAGGGGAGGUCAAGAUCAAUGCUGAGAUCCCCUCACCCCUCAGAGAGGGUCUCUCUGUGUAGCCUUGGCUGUCCUGGCUUUGUAAACCGGGUUGAACUCACAGCAAUCCCACCUGCCUCUGCCUCUCUGAGUGCUGGGAUCAAAGGGGUGUGUCACCACGCCCAGUUAAAAAGAAAUAUUAUUAUUCUGUACCUAGUUUCAUGAGAAAACAUUUUGAGAUAAGAAGGAUGAAACAAUCAGUCAAUUAUACUGAUAGGGGUAAAAAUACUCAAGUUCCUAAUAUAGCCACUGAGCUAUCUUCUAUUUUUAGUUAGUUGUCUUUAUUUUUAAUUCCACCAGAAACAUAAAGUAGUUUUGUUUGCAUAGCGUUGGGAUAUAUUGUUGAUGCAUAACUGUGCUGUCAUCAUUGUAAUUUACCUACAGAAAAUAAGGCAGAGCCCCUCUCAGCACCUUGCCGUCCGCCCUGAGAGGCAGCUGUGGUUUCUGUAGAGCCUUUGCUGAGGAGCCGGGGUUCCACAGAGCCUGGCGUGGGAGUGCUGGUGCAGAGGUUGUUUCUCUGAAGUUCCUAGAAAGUGCUCAGUUUCCAAAGGCCGGUGACAGGACCCUCUGUGACUUUACACGAGCUGCUCUGCUUUGAAGUUAAGCGUCCUAACUGCACAUGCCUGACAGUGUGGUCUUACAUCCCUCUGUCAUUAAUUACUUCAUGCCUGCUAGAUAAUCAUGAUUUCCAUCUGUCACUCCUCCAACAGUUCAUAGGUGUGUCACGUUAGAGACUCUUCCAAUCAUGUAUGGAUACAUUUUGUAAUUUAAUUUGUGAGCCCAGAGAUGGUCUGCUGUGAUGACUUCAUGCCUCAGCAGUGUAGUGAAAAUCCAGUAUACAAGUUUAGAUGCUGAUAUUUGUAGACAUGGCUUAGUCCUGAGAGAAUUCACUUGCUAUGCAUUUUAAGUGUUUGAUGUGGGUGGAAUAAUAUGUUUUUACACAACUGUGUGUUUCACAUUUAUUUCUAGAGCAAACUCCUCAUUGGCUUUUUCAGGUGUGGUGUUGGGUGACAGGACCAUGGUGGCCUUUCCAGCUCCAGAGAAGUGGGGAACCUCGGGUCUCGGGAGCACAAGUGUGCUUCUACUGUACAUGAAAACCUAAACCUCUUCCAAAGCUCUGUACUUGUUUUUGAUGAAACAGAUUAAAUAUUUUCUCUCCAAA